AUGCUCCGCCUACGGUGCUCCAUCCUCACCCACCUCCUCUCAUCUCGUCCACCCACCUCCCCCGUAUCCCCUCUCCACCGCCUCCUCUCUGCGGCCGUCUCCCCCAACCCUGCCUCCGCCUUCGCCGUCGACGACUACCUCGUCCGUACCUGCGGCCUCACCCGAGCACAGGCCCUCAAGGCCUCCGCCAAGCUCUCCCACCUCAAGUCCCCUUCCAAGCCCGACGCCGUCCUCGCCUUCCUCGCCGGCCUCGGCCUCUCCGCCGCCGAUGUCGCUGCCGUGGUUGCCAAGGACCCGCAGCUCCUCUGCGCCAAAGUGGAGGAAACCCUGGUCCCCAAUGUCGCGGAGCUCACCGGCCUGGAUCUCUCGCCUUCUGAGAUCGCACGCCUCCUCUCGCUUGGCCCCGACAGAUUCCGUUGUAGAUCCAUCGUCUCCAAGCUGCAGUACUGCUUGCCCCUCUUCGGCUCCUCCGAGAACCUCUUUCGAGCCCUCAAGAGUGGCUCCGUUCUCUCCUCCGACCACGAGCGGGUGGUCAAGCCCAAUGUCGCCUUCCUGCGGGAGUGCGGGCUAGGUGCUUGUGAUAUUGUCAAGCUCUACGUACUUACACCAUCGCCGCUCAACAUCAGCACGGAACGCCUCCGGACAGCAGUGGCAUGUGUUGAAGGUCUUGGUGUAUCCCGUGGAUCUCCGAUGUUCAGACAUGCACUACAAGCUGUUGCAUUCCUCAACGAGGAGAAAAUCACCACCAAGGUAGAGCACUUGAAGGAAACAUUCAGGUGGUCGGAUGCCGAGGUGGGCAUUGCCGUUUCUAAGGCUCCAACCUUGAUGACAAGGACUAAGGAAUCGCUGCAGCGCAGGUCUGAGUUCCUCAUCUCUGAGGUGGGCCUAGAGCCAACAUACAUAGCACAUCGGCCGGUAAUGCUCACUUAUAGCCUGGAGGGCCGGCUGAGGCCCCGGUACUAUGCUGUAAAGUUUCUCAAGGAAAAUGGAUUGCUCAAGCGCGGCCCGAGCUACUUUACUGUUUUUAACGAGACCGACAAUGUAUUCAGGGAGAAGUACAUAUGCCCUCACAAGGAAGCUGCACCACACCUCCAAAAGGACUAUGAUGCCGCUUGCAAAGGGGAAGUGCCAACUAAUUUCAGAUUCACAUGA